GCCCGGCGCUCCCUCUCCUUCAAAUACCUCUCUCUCUACGACGACCUAAGGUUAGUAGAUUGAUAUUACUGCUAACAUAUUAGUCUUUGUCUGAGGUCUCGCUCCAUGGAGGCCAAACUGCAUUGCCGCUCCCUGUGCCUGGUCUUACGGAACAAAAUUGCAAGACGGUAACUGUCCGCGUCCACUGAGAUAGCUUCCUCAUCUAGUCUAUCACACGCCCAGAAAAGCGCUCAUAGUGGUGACUUACCUGGCUCUCCUGCACAGUUCGAGUACCAUGUGCAUAAUGCAACGGGCACCCGCCCACAGGUUUCGCUACCAGGAGAAGGACUAUGCCGACUCUUGGUAGGGUAUGUACUAGAGUGCGGAUGCGGUCCCACAUCCUAAAUAUCUGAAAUGGUACGUUUGAAUUUCUCAUCGACCUUGGAGCUAUGAUACAGCCCAGACAGCGCAACACCAACCGUCUGUGAUGGGACUUUGAUGGGGUUAUGCUGCGCCAUCAAGCCCUUGCCAAUACAUCGUCUCGUGGAUUAAACUUUCACGGUGAUAGCCAUUCCAGGCCUCAGGGAAACUCGGUGCCAUCCCAUCAAGCUACCUAUCCACCCAUUUAUCGAAGUCUUGCACAGAGCAUUUAUCACUUGGCAGCACAUUUUCCCGUCUAUCCUCGGGAAGUCGCCAACGAUGCUGUUCCUCACCAGACAAGCGUUCAAUAGUCCCAAGAAUAAACGGAUCAUGAUACGCAAGAGCAUGUACAAAGAAGCGGGUACAACAAACCGUUAUUACCGGUGGUGUCCUCCCUCGACGGUGACGAUAGGCGGAUCUCAAACCCAUUGCAAACAUCAUCAAGCACCUGUCGAUCAGAUAUGAUUGUUUCUCCUAGGAGAACGCCCUUCUCGCAUCUCACCCUCUUUGCGAGUUGCAAUGCCUCAGCGUAGAGCCGAGAAAUGGGAAUUACAUGUGCUACAGCAGGGGUGUCUGCAGUACACUGAGCGAAGCAUGCCAAACCAUGAGAGCAGUGAUGAGCAUCCCGCUUGGAUGAGAUUCAAGACCCUUCCGGAGUGGUACUUUCACCCAGUAGGGAAAUGUUCCAUCCUUUGGCCUGGGCGCGGCGCUUCCUACAGUAGUGGUCCCCCAGCCCAUCUCAGGCCCAACAAAUGCAUGCAUUGUGGCGCCGGCUAGUGCAGCGCUUGGUGCACCCCUUCAGCAAUACCCUAACCCCCUACUCUCGCUGAGUACCAAGCGGAUGCUGCGGCCAGACUGGCUGACGACCUUGCUCCUUGUGCUUUAUUACGACUCCAGCCCGUGGGCCAAAUUCUUCUCCAUCCCUUCUUGAGCUGCAUCCCUAGCGGCAGGGGUGACUUGCCUAGCUUGCUUUGAGACCAGACGACCCGAGGAUGUCCACUUCUUCUAGAGACGCCGCUCUGGUGGGUCUGAUGGGUCUGCAACGCAAUCAUAGCGGCGUGAACCGCACUGAUCCUACUCUGUACCAGUCGACACGCCCUCACACAGGAAAACCCUUGACUCCAUGCCGCAGACGUCGUCUCAAUCCCCAGACCAGCAGCCUGAUUCUCGCUCCAGCACUACUUCCCGCCCGCCUUUUCUCACUGAUUACUGGCUCCGCCCGUUGACACACCCCCUGCCGGCCCGUAUGACGCAGCCCACCACCCUGGCUGCCAUGCCAGAAUGAUAAUCCCAGCACAGGAACGUGAAGUGAGGGUCAAAUGUGAUGAGGAACCUAGCCAAGCACCCCAUGGGCCAGAUUCUGAUUUGACGACUGUUCUAAAUUCUACGGUUUACAGCCAUCAUGUAGCUACUAAGUCGCCCAUGCUUCUUUAUUGCUUGGUCCCUCCUGAUCCACACCCAGAUCCUUGGAGAGUUGAUCUUGUUCAAAGCUGCUAGGCUCGAUUUAUCUUUCAAGCCAUCGAUUGCCCCAUGUUUCGUUAACCCCCUCGAACCCCUUUGGAGCCGGUACCACCAUUUCACGAUACAUAUUCAAGCUGAGCCCUUCUCAGUUCUUCAGAUCUACCAUCAUUACUUUCACCUCAAAAGUUAAUUUGUAUUGAGAACGAUAAUUACUCUAAUAUCAGCUGUCGUUUUGGCAACUUGUCUCGAUAUAUCUCAACUUUCAAUCAUAUUACUUCCUCGAUACGAUUCAAUAUGAUGCACCCACUCUUCGGUGUGCAGCCAGCAGGCUCCUUGCCCAUCACAUAUCCUUAUGACACAAUGCUGGACGACCACACACAACAAAUGGCAUGCUCGCAAGCUUCAAGAAGGUUCUCACGAGGGUCCAGUGGACAACGAUCUGGUGGUGCUAUGAGGGUGACCAAGCCCUCAAGCGCCAACAACAGCCCUCGCUUGUCCGGUAUUAUGGCUCGCCGAAAGACUCUCAUGAAUGACGGCAACUCGCAACGUCGACAACAGCAGAUCAUGGAACAGCUAUCAACAUUUUGUGACGUAGAGUCCCAGCAACCCGCCCCACGGUCAUCACGUCCCGUGAGUUGGCAUCCAGGCUCAUAUGGCCAACAACCCUAUGUCCAGGCGCAACAACCCGCGUAUGCCUUGACUACAAGCCAUUUGCCUUCCGACCACCAAGACUUGCACGGCAACUAUGCUCAUUAUUCCCCAAUGAUGGAUUCAACUUCAUGCGGUACAUCCCCGCUGGCUUUCUCCCAUCUGCCUCUCCCAUAUCAAUCUACCGACAACAUGACCUACAAUCCUUACCACGGAACGAACAUGUCGCACCACUCCCCCGCUGCUUCUAUGGUAUUUCUGGGUCGUCAACUGCCUGUCAUUACUGCGCCCGCCGAGACCACUGAUAGCAAUGGAUGGGACUGGAAUACCUUUAUCAUGCACGGUAUUGGCUCCACCACACCCCCCACCCCUGAGACUCUCCCACAAACCCAACUGUCUCAACCAGCAGUAUCAGAGGAUCCUCACUAUCAGGCUCUUGAAGAUGCCGCGGAAGAAGACGGCGAGAUUCUGGUUGGAAUGGGGCUGUACGACACUCCGGAGAAGUACAACGAGGAUCCUCAGCUCAACAACUAUCGAUCUACUGUAUCAUCUUUACUUGGGUCAUCAUUCGGGGCCCAUGAGCCUCAAGGCAAGGGCCUUAAGCUCGAAGAGACAUGGGAGCCUCCCAAAUCUGACGAAGAGGAUGAAGAUGAAGACGACGAAGAGGAGGAGGAUGACGAGCAGUGAUCCCGCUGCAUCUCGAAAUUUGUAACGGCAUACAUGAAUAAUGACAUGAUUUUUUGUAACACUAUGGUGUACACUGGUAGGCAGGAAAAGCCGGUUUUUGCUUCUCUGGAACAUGGGAAACUACAAGGUGGUUAGGUCGGUGCACCUGGAUCUCAGGAUAAGGAACAUGGAUGCAAGCGUUUGGAUUUACUACAUAUAUAGAGUUCGGCUGGCUAUGGAUACCCCGUGCAAAGAGCACACAACUAAGAGAUACAAGUAAGGCUCAGGCAGCCGCCCAAUAGUUAUCCAACGAAGAAAUACAACCAAUAUAUUGAGAGAGAGAAUAAAGCGACUUGGCAACGUGUCAC